UCAACCUUCAUCAGAUAUAAUCAAACGCACAUCUGGAUCCCCACCCAAUCUCUACUGCUGAUGCUUUGGUGAAAAUGGGUUUCGGCGCGAUCAGAUCGAUUUUCCGACCAUUGUCGAGAACCCUAGUUUCUCGCGUCGCCUCUAGCUGCUCGUCCACGCCGUUUCCCGCGGCGGUUCCGGCAGCGAAACCCGAGUUAUGCUCCUUGUUCGGUGGAUCGAGGUUGCCAUUGAUUCAGAUGGCUAACCAUUUUCACAGCUUGAGCUUAAUCGAUACUCGGCUCCCGAAGAGACGACCCAUGUCUCAUCCCAAGAAGAAAAGAUUCAAACUUAAACCUCCAGGGCCUUAUGCAUAUGUUCAGUAUACACCUGGAGAGCCAAUUGCUUCAAACAAUCCCAACAAGGGUAGUCUCAAAAGACGGAAUGCUAAGAAGCGCAUUGGGCAGCGCCGUGCUUUCAUACUGUCUGAGAAAAAGAAGAGGCAAGCGCUGGUGCAAGAGGCGAAGAGAAAGAAGAGAAUCAAAGAAGUGGAACGUAAGAUGGCCAAAGUGGCAAGAGAGCGAGCUUGGGAGGAAAGGCUGGCUGAGCUUCAGCGACUCGACGAAGAGAAGAACAAGUCUAUGUCUUCUUGAAUUUUGCUUUCACUCAACCAAAAAAAAAAACAUAGAAUAAAUCUCUCUUCUUUUUUUCUUUCGACUUAGGUUUUUUGUUCCCACUCUUUGUUGUGUGUUGCAAGAUUUACUCACUGUUGUCUGCCGUUUUGUCGGAACCGAGAGUUACCUAACGUUUCUGGACUUUAUAAUCAUGCCUUUUCUUGUUUCA